GAACAUGGUGAAAACAAAGUGUCAAUUCAAUAUGGCCAAAGUAAUAGUGUUAUUAUCAUUAGUAGCCCUUUCAAGUGCACAUUACUCAGCAUCUAAACUAGUAAAGAACAUUUACAACGAAUGCUUGAGUCAGUAUUCUGUGGAAUGUGUGAAGCCCAGAGCCCUGCAGUGGAUUUCACUUGUGGCGAACGAUGACGAGAUCAAAAUCACUGAUAACUUAUCUGUUGUGAGAACCGCUACUUUGGAAGAUGAUAAUGUGAACCCAAGAUUGGCAAAGGAUCCAGUUUACACGAUCUUCGAUAAAGUGGAUGGAUUCCUGCAGACGCAUUCUAUCAAAGUGAAAGUUCCUGAAGAGCUGACGAACAGUGCAGCUUCGGAAUAUGUGCCGAGGUCUUUGCUUACGGAUUUGCCUUCGGAGUUAGAUAUGCCUUUGGAUGGUGAAGAGGAAGUUGAGGAGUUCGAAGGCAGAAAGAAGAAAAUCAAACUUCCUAAGCCUUUGAGGAUAAAGAGUAAGCAUGGUUUCAUCAAGAAAGUAUUGCUGCCUUUUCUCUUGGGUUUGAAGUUCAAGGCUUCGGUUUUGGUUCCUUUAGCCCUCGCUCUCAUCGCGCUCAAGACCUGGAAGGCUCUGACCCUCGGUCUUAUUUCCCUUGUUCUAUCAGGUGCUAUGGUAAUCUUUAAGUUCACGAAACCCAAGGUGGUGAAUUAUGAAGUCAUCCACUAUCCUCAGCACCAUGUGGAACACCAUGUAGACCAUCACGCCGCAGCCUGGGAUGCUCAUGGCCCCUACCAGGCCAGGUCUUACGAAGAUGCACAUGACAUCGCUUACUCAGGCCAAGUUUGAACUCUUCGACAGCUUUAUGAUUAUUAAGACGGACCUCUGAUUAAUUUAUUUAUUUAUUCUACUGUAAAUAAAAAAUAUGGAAUAAGUUUGAAAUGUUCAAUAUUGUUUUGUUUUCCUUAUAGGGGUUCAAUGAUCAAUGGAACUGGGGCAAAUAAUGCUAACCUCAGUAUAUCUGUUGGUCAAAGUCCCCUUAGGUAAUGGGCUAGCGAUGGGCUUCCUGAGCUCCAUACCUGACCUACUU